AUGCAGGCCGACGAGAACCCCCUUGCCGAGGAGUACUUCCGAAAAGCACUAGAAAUGGGAGACAGGCGUCUUCUCCUUUCAAGGGUGCCAAAGGGGAGGAAUACUAUGCAUUCGGCUAUCUUGGGCAUGGACAAAGCUAUGCACAAUGGAGUGGCUGACACGCUGCUAACUCAAAUCCGGACUUUGCCAGCCUCGGCGCAGAAUGCAAAUCCACCCCAGCCAGAGGAACCGAGUGAAGUUCACGGCUUGCCUCAAGAACUGUCUAAUGCACCCUGUUCAUCUCCGAGUUCGACUCCGCAGCCGCUGCAGGAGGCCCCCUCCGAGUCGUCAAAGGCAUGGUUUGAAAGUCCAAGAGCCUUUCAGCCUUCUGCGCAAGAUUCUGGCAGCCAGCUGGAGAAUGAGGAGCCGGGCGUGAGCCUCGAGAGUCACGCAACGGGAAAUUCCGAGUUGGAAGACGUGGAAGACAUGUCAGAUGUGCAGUACGACGAGACUUAA